CCUUCCCGCAGUAAAAAAAAGUUACAGUGCUAAUCAAUCAAAUCCCAGCCCGCCGAGUCGUGUGUUAUUUUUUUGCCCCUCUUUCCAUAUGCAUGCGGUUUGACUCGACAUACAUAACAUCACACUUCGGCGACUUCUCAAACGUUUACUUUACUUUUAAACCUCUACUUUUAAAUUUCGGGAGACUGGUGCUUCUCUAGUCAAUUCUAGACAAAAGCUUGACCUUAUUUUAUUUCGGGUUCUUUUUUCUACGGCGCAUUGAGCUUGAAAAAGCCGGAUUCGAUCAAGCUAUCCCACCAUCAACCUUUCAUCACAAUCAAUCCUUGACACCAUCAUGUCUGGACGAGGAGCACCAGGCGCCAACUCCCGCGGUCGGGGAGGAAAGUUUAAGAAGUUUACACGAGGAGGUGGAAAGCAUUACUCUCGUGACCUUCGACCCCUCGAUGCCGACGGUAAUGAGAUUAGCAUGUGGAGUGCAGAUGCUAAGCCGGAAGACGAAGAUGACGAUGACGAUGAUUCCGAAGAAGAAGACUCGGAUGAGGACUCCGACGACGCUGGUCCCUCCCAACAGAAUGCCGAAUUGACUCGAGAAGAGCGUAAGCAAGCCAAGAAGGCCCAGAAGGAAGCCGCCAUUGCUAGGAAGAGCAAGUCUGUCCAAGUUGGCGACAUGCCCACCGACUCCGAAGAGGAAGAAGAUGACGAUAUGCCUGCCAACCCUAACCACUCCAAAGCCGCGCGCAACCAGACCAAGGCCCCGCCAUCCGAUGCUGUCGAAGAGGCAACCGAAGGAGUCAAGAACCUAUCGACUAUGAGCCGAAAGGAGCGCGAGUCCAUGGAAGCUCAACAAGCUAAAGAGAGAUAUCGCAAGCUUCAUGAGGCUGGCAAGACAGAUGAGGCUAAGGCUGAUUUGGCCCGCCUAAAGCUCAUCCGAGAGAAGCGUGAAGCUGAGGCUGCCAGAAAACAGGCAGAGAAAGAGGAGAAGGAAGCCCAAGAGAAGGCACGAAAGACUGAGAUUGAGGCUAAGGAGGCGAAGAAGCGCGAGGCUGCUUUGGGCAAGAGCGGAAAGAAGGGCAAAUCAAAAUGAAGUAACUAAUUUGCCAGUAGUUGUUAUCUUCGACAUAGCUUGCAUAGCCUCCAAUUGUUGGGGCUCCCCUUAUUGCAUACGAUCAAUACAUUCUCGUCGCCCUGUGGAUUAUGGCUCU